UGCUGAGAGGGAUGCUCAAAUGAUUCUCAAUGAUGAACAAAAAAUGGUUCAGGAAAUGAUGCGAAAUUAUUCGCAGAAUAAACUUAAACCCACAGCUGCUGAACGUGAUAAAACUGCAAAAUUUCCUCAGCAAGAACUCAAAGAGUUGGGUGAACUGGGUGCAUUAGGCAUGACUGUGUCUGAUCAAUGGGGUGGCGCAGAAAUUGCUGCAGGAGAUGGUGCAAUUUCAACCAUUGUCAGCGUACAAAAUUCUUUGCCUUGUGGAAUUAUCCAAAAAUAUGGGACAGACCGACAAAAACAAGACUACUUAAUGCCAUUGGCAACAGGUCAAUGGCUUGGCUGUUUCUGUUUAACGGAACCACAGGCGGGUUCAGACGCAGGUGCUUUGCUAUGUAAAGCAGAACGUGAUGGCGAUUCGUGGGUGAUUAAUGGAACCAAACAAUUCAUAACUUCUGGACAGCACGCACAAGUGGCGAUUGUGUUUGCAGUUACGGAUAAAUCCGCAGCAAAGAAAGGUAUUUCUUGUUUUAUCGUUCCAACCAAUACAGAAGGUUAUAUCGUUUCUCGGAUUGAAGAUAAAAUGGGACAACAUUGCUCAGAUACCGCAACAAUUGUUUUUGAGAAUUGUCGGAUUCCUGCUGAGAACAUAUUAGGAAAUGAGGGUGAAGGAUAUAAAAUCGCCUUGUCGAAUUUAGAGUCAGGUCGCAUUGGUAUUGCCGCUCAAUGUGUGGGAAUGGCACGAGCGGCGUUGGAUGCUGCGGUUGAAUAUGCCAAUCAGCGCAAAGCUUUCGGAGUGGAGUUGGUACAACAUCAGGCUGUGGCAUUUCGCUUAGCUGAUAUGGCCACUCAAAUCGAAGCAGCACGGCAGUUGAUUUACCAUGCCGCAAGUUUAAAAGAUGCAGGUUUAGCUUGUCUAAAAGAAGCAUCAAUGGCGAAGUUGUUUGCAUCUGAAAUUGCUGAAAAAGUCUGUUCAGAUGCGAUACAAAUUCAUGGUGGUUAUGGCUAUGUUGCUGAUUUUCCAGUAGAGCGAAUCUAUCGAGAUGUUCGAGUCAGUCAGAUUUAUGAAGGCGCUUCCGAUAUUCAACGUUUAGUUAUCGCAAGAGCGGUGAUUUACGCAUCAAAAUUCUAUCUCAAGACCAGCUUCGCACUGGAAAAGCAGAUGUUCAAAAACCGCAAUAUAAUUGAGGAUAUUGCCAUGAAAACAUUGGAACAAGCCUAUCAAGAAUUCGAUUAUGAAAAACUCAUCAAUGAGCAACUGGUUGGCAACCCACAGUCAAUCAAUGCCUAUAUCGAGUGCUGCGAGCGUUUUGUCGGUUUAAAUAAAGUGGCUUUGAUCUGGGAAGGCAAAAACGGUGAGUCUUCACAAUGGACCUUUGAACAACUGGCACAAGCAUCAGGAAAAUUAGCCAAUUAUUUACAAUCGCUAGGCAUAAAAACAGGCGAUUGUAUUGCUGGCUUAUUACCACGGACUCCAGAACUAUUGAUCACCAUAUUGGCAACUUGGCGUAUCGGAGCAAUUUAUCAGCCCUUAUUUACCGCCUUUGAAUCAAAAGCGAUUGAGCAUCGCGUAGCAACAGCCAAUACCCAACUGAUCAUCACCAACAGUGAACAACGUCCCAAACUAAACGGGAUUGAACUUCCAAAUAUUCUGACUGUUCAUCCACAAGAUUUUGCAGCAACAAAAGAUGCAGAUUUUUGGCAAGAACUAGCAGGUUUGGCAAAAUCGGUUCCAGUGCCAUUAAAAGCGAUUUUGGCCUUUAAGGAAUAUAUGCGUCACGCUGUUGAUUUACGUGAAGAAGAUUCAUUUUGGAACCUUGCGGAUCCAGGUUGGGCAUAUGGUCUAUAUUAUGGUAUUGCUGGCCCAUUGGGAUUGGGACACAUACUUCGAUCAAAGCUCAUUUACGUGCAGUCAGCAGUGCUGGUGAACCUU